AUGCCCGUCGCUAUUGUCACCGGCGCUUCGAGGGGGAUUGGGAGGGCCAUUGCUCUCCGACUUGCCGAGGAUGGCAUGGACGUUGCGAUCAAUGACCUCGAAAAGCAAGCUCCGCUUCUCGAAAAGGUCCGGGAAGAGAUCGAGCAGAAAGGUGUCAUCAUCUUCGAGCUCGUGGUUGAUCGCUGGUGGGCUCCAGGGCGAAAAUGUCUCUGCUUCGUCACCGAUAUCACCAAUGAAAGUCAAGUCCGACAGAUGGUGAAAGAGACGGUCGACUCUCUGGGACCCCUUACGACCAUGGUUGCCAACGCCGGGAUCAUCAUCCCCAAGUCAAUGAUGGACACUGACUUGGAUGACUUCAGUCUCAUUCUCAACGUCAAUGUGAAAGGAACAUUUAUCUGCUAUCGGGAAGCCGCCCGACAAAUGAUUGCACAAGGCACAGGGGGCCGGAUUAUCGGCGCCGCUUCCCUAGCGGCCCAUCGGCCGGUGAGUAAAAGAACUACAAAGAAAUGCGGCAAUUCCGGCUCUCGUGACAGUGUCUCUGAUGUACUCAACCGUCAUUUUCAACAGUCACACGGUUCAACCCCGUAUGCAGCCAGUAAAUGGGCCGUGCGUGGAUUGACUCAGAGUAUGGCCUACGACUUGGCGGAAUAUGAUAUCAAUGUCAAUGGUUUGGAUUCACGUCUCGUCUUCUCCGCUGGAACGUUUCUCGCUGAUGUUGACCCAAAGCCUAUUAUGUGGGAGCAGAUUGAUGAAGUCAUGGGCAAAGAACAGGGACUCGCUAAGGGUGAAGCGUUUGCGAGAUCAGUCGAAGCUCGAUGCGCGCUGAAGAGACCCUCGGUCCCUGACGAUAUCGCCGCCUUGGUGAGCUUCCUGGCCGGACCGGGUUCGCGCAACAUCACCGGCCAAGCCCUGAUUGUCGAUGGAGCGGAGAAUAAGGACGAAACAGAGCGUGGCGCCAAGAUGAACACCAUUGCAACCGUAUUUUCUCUCCUCGGAGCAUAUACUGAGGCAUUCGACCUUUAUCUCCUCGUUUACUACCACUUUCGAGAAAAUGAUGGAAAGCCCAACGCCACUUACCCACAGGUAGUUCACAGUGCGAUAAAUUGCGUGAGAUUAGCCCAAACGACCCUUCAGAUGCAAAUUUCCCGAGCAAUGCUUGGAGAUGUCCGGGGCAUGCUCCUUUCUCGCUAUGGCCGACAGUCUAUGGCUGGCACAACAACCUGGAAAUACCUCGAACGCGCCCGAAGUCAACAUGUCUGCAUGCGAGGCAGAGACCAGACCAUUGAACCUCUGGAGUCGUUCGAGGAACAGGCUUAUUGGGCAGUUUCUGCCUUGGUCCUGAGCCGGGAUCAUCUCGGCAAAGAGUGUGGAGUGGCACCAGACUAUUGCAUGAAUUCCUGGAAAGGCUCCAUCAUGGAUCACCUCUACGAAACCCAGGACCAGCUUGAUCGACAUUUGCCAUGGGCUUCCAAGCAGCUAUCUGUCCUCCAGGGAUACCGUUACGCUGAAGUACUGGCAUGCUUAGUUCUUGAGCAAUGUGUAGUCAACAGGACCAACUUUUCCAUUGGACCGGACCACACAGAGAGCGAAAAUCAUCAAGGCUUUCCCUGUGACUUGAAAGGUCUCGCUGUUGCCAUUCUUCCAUUCAUGUUGUGGACCGAAAUCUUUGUGGAGGCCUUGGAGACUAUGUGGUGGCCGUCAACGCCGCUUCCCUCGUUUUUGUUUCACCAGGCGAUUCGGCUCAUGAGGCAAAAGAUUGAGGAAAGCCCGGCAUUCUACAAGAGGACAAUCCAGUCAGUCGUUGCACAUUUUUUCCCUACGUCCGAUGUGAGGCAAUUCAUGCCAUGUUUGAUCCCCAACAACACUCUCAAACGAAUUGGUCUGAGGGUCGCUGGUCUUCUACCCUUGCCCGCCACCGUGGUGCCAGAGACUGAAGAGCCCCGGCAUCCUCCACCGCAAACAGCGUCAGCAUGGCCUGAAUUUCCUCGUUCACCUGGAUCGGAAAGAUUUUUGCUGAAUUCUGGUUCAUUGACGCUGGCGCAAUCCUGCACCUCCUCCAACAGCUCAGAUUAUCGCAGGUUUUGGCUCACGGCGUCUGGGCCUAGACCCAAAACUGCCGCUUCAACUGCAACCCAACAGACCGCCCCGUCAGAUCAGAUGAGUUCUCACAGCAGCUUGAGGUUCUCUAGAGUCACUGGUCUUCCGUCGAAUCCCUCACUCACGACCAGUGACGAUGUCGUUUCCCUGGACGUCAGUAUGGGCGGGUAA